GAAGAGCAGCGGCUGUUUAUAAAUGAUUCUGCUGCUGCUGCUGAUGGUCAUGAUCAUGAUAUAGAAAACCCACACAUUCCUUUGCUUACCUCAUUGAGAAAGAAACUUGACCCGUUGUCUCCUCUCUCUAGUCACUACUCCAUCUAUAAAGUCCCUCAUUGUCAAGAACCCAUCUGCCUACGCUCCGAGUUUUGUCUCCAUAGGCCCGAUGCACCACGGAAGGAAGGACCUAGAAGCCAUGGAAGAAUACAAGCAGAGGUUCUUUGCAGGUUUCCUUCAAAGGGCGCAGCUCAGUUUGGAGGAGUAUGUUGUGUUCGUCAAGGAAAGAGAAGAGAAACUGCGGAGUUACUACGAGGACACUAUCCAGCUCAAGAGCGAUGAGCUCGUGGAGAUUGUAAUGGUCGAUGCAGCAUUUAUAGUCCUGCUCUUGGUGAUCAUCGCAGAAGGAAAGAUGCCAGAAUGUUGCAGGAUCUUUAAUAGGCCCUACUAUAUAUCAAACAUUAUCAAUGAUAUGUUCUUACUCGAAAACCAGCUCCCGUUGUUCAUUAUCGAAGAUCUUUUUGCUAAAAUCGAAAUCAGAAUCAACUCUUCAUCAAAGAAAGAAGCAGAUGAAGGGGAAAAGGGACAAGAAGACGAGGAAGAAACGAAAGAAGGAGGAGGAGGAGAAGGAAAAGGAAGAGGAGAUUCUUUUUUCAUGGAAUUCGUUAAAAACCGCAAGAUAGAUCAUUUUCUGGACUGCCUCUGGGUUUGUCACCUAUCAUCCAAGAAGGAUUCAUCAGUAAAGAAGGAACUACAAAUUCCAUCACGCAUCCCCACUGCCACUCCACUGCAUCAAGCUGGAGUAAAAUUUGCAGAAAGCUCGAGUACCAAUCUCCUCGAUAUUGAGUUCAAAGACGGGGUGCUAUCGAUCCCCCACAUGUUCAUGGGUGACUACACCGAAACUAUCUACAGAAACCUGCUGGCUUUUGAGCAGUGCCAUUACUGUGAUGACUCUUGGUUUACAGCUUAUUUCUGUUUCAUGGAUCAGCUCAUCAACACCCCCGGGGACAUAGACCUGCUGGUCGAGUGCGGGAUUAUUGAGAAUACCCUCGGUGACAGUCUGCAGGCAGCAAAAAUUUUUAACAGCCUGGCAUAGGUUCUUCCUAUGACAGGUGAAUCUCAUUACGCUGAUCUCUGCGAACAGCUGCUGACAUACUACAAAGUGCCAUGGCACAAGUGGAAAGCGGCG